UGUACUACCACCCCCUUUGUCUGUGCCUCAGGUUUCGGAACGCAGGCUGUUUAUUUAUUUAUUUCCUUUUAAUUUUGAGGAUAUAUUUCCAUAUAUAUCCAUUAUAUUUUCGGUUAUUGAAUGACAGUCGACUCUGAAAUAUUUAUGCCUAAAAGCAAAGCGCCAAAAAUGGAUGACCUGGACUACAUUCCAGUAGACCUGAGCCCAGAGGAGCGCUGCGAGCUGGAAGACAUCCGUCGCAGGAAGGGCGCCCUGAUGCAGGAGAUCCAGAGGCUCCGAGAUGAGCUCCGAGAGGCCCUCCUGGAGGUGGAGGGCCUGGAGACCAGCACUGAGGGCAGUAAAACCCUGCAGAAGAGUCGGCAUGUGGCUAUGGGCAGGAAGAAGUUCAACAUGGAUCCUAAGAAGGGCAUUGUGUUCCUGGUGGACAACGAGCUGCUUCGACACACUAUGGAGGACGUAGCCCAGUUCCUCUACAAAGGAGAGGGCCUCAACAAGACAGCCAUUGGAGAUUACCUAGGAGAGAGGGAUGACUUCAACCUCAAGGUGCUGCAGGCGUUUGUGGACCUCCACGAGUUUACCGACCUCAACUUGGUUCAAGCCCUCAGGCAGUUCCUGUGGAGCUUCCGUCUGCCAGGAGAAGCUCAGAAGAUUGACCGCAUGAUGGAGGCCUUCGCCCAGCGUUACUGUCACUGCAACCCCGGGGUGUUCCAGAGCACCGACACCUGCUAUGUGCUGUCGUUUGCCAUCAUCAUGCUGAACACCAGCCUCCACAACCCCAACGUCAGGGACAAGCCUGCGGUGGACCGCUUCAUCACCAUGAACAGAGGCAUCAACGAGGGGGGAGACCUGCCCGAGGACCUACUAAGGAACCUGUAUGACAGCAUCAAGAACGAGCCCUUCAAGAUCCCUGAGGACGACGGCAACGACCUGACGCACACCUUCUUCAACCCCGACAGAGAGGGCUGGCUGCUCAAACUGGGAGGGCGCGUCAAGACCUGGAAGCGAAGGUGGUUCAUCCUCACAGACAACUGCCUUUACUACUUUGAAUACACCACAGACAAGGAACCCCGAGGCAUCAUCCCUCUGGAGAACCUCAGUAUACGAGAGGUGGAAGACCCCAGGAAACCUAACUGCUUUGAGCUGUACAUUCCUAACAACCGCGGCCAGCUGAUCAAGGCUUGUAAGACGGAGGCAGACGGGAGGGUGGUGGAGGGCAACCACAACGUGUACCGCAUCUCUGCCCCCACGCCGGAGGAGAAGGACGAGUGGAUCCACAGCAUCAACUCUGCGGUCAGCGUGGACCCCUUCUAUGAGAUGCUUGCUGCCAGGAAGAAGCGCAUUUCCCUCAAGAAGAAGGAGGAGCAACCCUAGAUCGCCCUCUACUGUUGCCUCUCCUCCCCCGCCCCCCUCUCUUUCUCCUGUUGCCUCUCCUCCCCCGCCCCCCUCUCUUUCU